AAACCCAACUAUGGUAAUCACCCAAAACCAAAGUUGAUCGUACCCAAACCAGACACUGCCAAGCCAAAUUAUGGUUACAAUCCAAAACCAGAUGUUUCCAAACCAAAGAUGACUGUACCAAAACCUGAUCAUGGUUAUGACCCAAAGGAGAAGGUUUAUGAACAACCAAAGUCAACUACACCAAAGCCAGAGAUUAUCACGGCACAUGAUGGGUAUGCCCAAAAACCAAAUCUCCCGGAACCAAAGUUAUACGUACCAAUCGGCAUAGAAGGUUUUGUCCUUUGCAAACAGGGCUCUAACUAUACUCCUAUUGAAGGUGCUGUGAUAAGAAUAGCCUGUACUGCUGUGGAUCACUAUGGUUACAAGAAAGUCCCUUUCUCCUGCUUGACAGAAGCAACUAAUGCAAAGGGUUACUACUUCAAAACAUUGCCAGCUUUAAAGCUCACAGAAUGCAAGGCUUACCUUGAAAGCUCUCCAUUGAAAACCUGCAACGUUCCAACAGAUAUGAACUAUGGGAUUACCGGUGCUCCCCUUUCAGCUUAUCACAUUCUCCAUGACAAGAAAAUAAAACUGUACUCCAUGAGGACCUUCUUCUACACCUCGACGACACCUACAUCAACCCCUGCUGGUUAUUAAAUUGUCCUCUCUCCGUGACUACCAUUCAUCUAUUUUUUACGUUGUUUAAAGCUGUUUUAACGAAUUGAUUUCCUUUUUGUUUUUUAUGGGCUUUUGUCUUGAUGAG